CCAUAGACUAUACACUUAAGUGUAUAAUCUAUGCUAUACACUAUACACAUUGAAUCAGAUCAAACAGCACAGUAAGUUAAUACGCUCACAGAGGGAGAAAGUGAAGAUUUGCAAAAUCAGAACGGUUUCCUAAGAACUUUUAGUUUUCGAGAUGAAUGUUUCCAUUUUAUGAGAAAUGUUUACAUGGGCCCAGUAAAAACAGCGGCUAGAUAAAACGAACAAAACAACAUUAAAAUGCAGAAGAGUUUUUGUAGCUGACACAUCAGUUUUCAUGUGUUUAUAGUGAUUUUAUGUGUGAUAUCUACGUUAGGCAAGCAAGAUGCCGAGGGGAGAGCACAGAACGACAAAUCUCCUGUCACGCGAGGAGAACGAACAGGUGUUCAGCCUAAUAGGACCAAAAUGUCAGAGUCUAGCAACUACAGUUGUUCAACUCUUCACAACUGAAGGUCCAGCACAUUCUGAAUGGAAGAAGAGAGAUACUGGUGUACUGUGCCUUAUAAAGGACAAUGGCAAGCGCUCAUACUUCUUCAGGAUUUACUGUUUGUACCGAAAAGCAAUGAUAUGGGAGCACGAAGUUUAUAUGCAGAUAGAAUAUAAGAACCCAAGGCCUUAUUUACACACUUUCGAAGCUGAGGAAUACAUGACAGCAUUCAACUUUGCCAAUGAAGAAGAAGCUCAGAUCCUAAAGAAGAUUCUAAUCGAGAAGAUUGAAUUAAGGAAGACGAGAAGAGAAGAAAGGAGGCAACGUGCCUUAACGGCGGCACGGGCCAGUAGCGUGGUGGAGCCGAGACAAAAUGGCGUCCUACCCCCGCUCCCGGCACCGGAACCGGAACCUGCACCCGUACUCCCACCGAAAACGAAUUUAGCAGGUACGUACACACUGAAGAGCUCCGGAAAACGGAAAACGACAAGGAAAUUGACUAAAGCCGACAUCGGGAUGCCUCACAACUUCACGCACGUUUCUCACAUCGGAUGGGAUAAAGAUAAAGGGUUCGACGUGGAGACCACACAGGACGAGAAGCUCCUGUCGUUUCUGAAGGAGGCAGGAGUUUCGGAGGUCCACCUUCGCGACCAGGAGACGAGGAAAUUCAUAUAUAGCUUCAUAGAGACGAACGGUGGCAUUAACGCUGUCAUGGAGGAUCUGCACACAAACAAUGAGAAGCCAAUCAAAGAGCGCAGCGCGCCGUCCCGCGCGCCCGCUCCCCCCGUCCCGCAGCGCAGCCCCGCCCUGCCGCACCCCCCCGCGCCACCGUCGCGAGCGCCGCCCCCCCCGCCCGGGCGCGCCGUGCCGCCUCCCCCUCCGCCGCCCGCCUCCGUCGCCCGCAACCCGCCGCCGCCCAGACCCGCGCCCCCACCAUCGUCAGCGCCGCCAUCAGUGCCUCCUCCGCCGCCGCCGGGCGUGGCCCCUCCGCCGCCGCCGCCCCCUCCGCCCCCGCCGCCGCCCGCGCCCGUGGCUCCGUCCCCGCCCCCGGACGCCCCCCCGAUGCCGAAGGACGCAGCCGUCGCCGUGGACGCGCGCGCCGCACUCAUGGAGAGCAUACGUAGUGGAGCCAGCACUUUGAAGAGAGUCGAACCUGUUGCCAAAGCGCCACCUGUCGAGGACAACCGGAGCAACCUGCUGAGCGAGAUACGACAGGGCGUCGAACUUAGAUCCGUGGCGCCGGAGAGGCGCGGUGUAGGGGUGGGGGCGGCGGCGGCGGGGGCGGGCGUGGGGUGCGGGCUGGCGGGCGCCCUCGCGCGGGCCCUGCACGAGCGGAGCCGCGCCCUGCACUCCGACUCCGACGACGACUCCGACCUCAGCGACAACACCACCAGCGACGGGGAGUGGGACGACUGAGCCCACAGCCGACCUCCCACCAGGACACCAAUAGAAGAUCACAACGCAGAUUCUUUUAAAAAGAGGGUAGUUUGUAAAAAACCAUAAUAGAAAGUGGGCCUGAACUGUAAACACGCAGUGUACAACACAGCACUCGACUAUAAAAGUGACAAUAGGAUUUAUGAAACACAAAUGAAAACGUACACCUAAUUAAAAACCUACUCCUUAUUUUAAAUUUAAAAUCAAGCUCAAAUAAGAAUUGGCAACACCAGCACCAGGGGAAAAACCGAACUGAGCCGCAUACAUUGUACCGCAGUUCCGCUCGAUAGCAAUCAACGUAAUUCAUUAUAAUGCGGUACAUUUUGAUUUAAAUAUUGUCAAUUUAUUUCCCUAAUUGUCAUGCUUACAAUGGUUGUUUCAAAGAGAUUGUCUUUAGUGAAAUGUUUGUUCACGAUAUCAGUGUGUGAUAUGGAUUGGAGAAUUUGAAUGUAACCUUAUCUAAUUUUAUGUUGAGGACGACUGUAGUUUAGCAAAAAGGACUCUUUGACAGUAACAGAAAUAUUCCGUCUGGAUGUUCUGUGUACAGGCAGAUACUCCCUAUUGUAGUUCAGUACGAUGGUCGGCCAUUGAACACGAUGCCUUAACCUGGCUAACGAUGUUUUUAGGAUAUACCCAAAGAUAUAUACAAGUUUCGAACAAUAAGAUUUGCACCGUGGGUGUACCGAACAAUGUCAUCCGCUCUAUAGCAAGCAUUUCCGCUGUCGUUACUCCAAAAAAAAAAAAGCAAUGUUGCCAGCGUCGAGUUCAAAAAAUACAAUUUUUUUUUUGUUAAUUUUGUGUAAGAAAGCUUUUUUUUUCUUUUUUUUUUUUCUUUGUUUUAUUGCUGUCGUCUCGGACAAUAUUGUGAAUCGAGUCCUUUCUAAUAAACUACGUUCAAAUUUUUGUUUACCAUUGCACGAUCACAGUGAAUGUUGCUUUAAACAAAUAAACAUAUGAAAAUCCGCCCUUAUUUCUCCGCGUGUGCGGCGACGAAACUAGAAUGACGGGAGUCAGUGUGUGCGAGUCCGGAUGACAUGUCCGAGAGCUCACUAUAUUUUUUUAAUCGAACGACUUUGAAGGUAACGUCUAGAACGUUCUAGUCAAAACUCAUCGGGAUAAGUAAAAAAAAAGUAUUUUUGCAUUCGUAUUUAUAAUAAAUGGCAUCGAGGUUUGUGACACGUAUUGAAAUUGUGGUAAAUCCUUCGAUUUAAGUUUGCAAAUUUUCCAAAUACGAUUCUAAUUUUCUGAACACGAAAGUCUAUUUUUGUUUAUUCGAUAAAUUUUAAAAUUAAUCAAAUAGAAAAGUCUACGGGUCAGUUCUGAAAAAUAUUUUUGUUUAUUAUUAUUUCAAAUAACAUUUAGUACUAACUUUGAGGUUUAAAUUUUACUUGUAACUCGUUCACUUAACGCAUUCGCAUAUCACAUUAGAAGCAAUGGCUGAGUUACCGACAAAAUUAAAAUGAACAUGGCAUUUUAUUUAUUUAUAAAAACUGAUAACAAAACACUUUCUAAGUUUCUGUAUAAGGAAAUCUUUAAAGUUAAAACCGCGUAAUACACGUGAUCUAUUUGUACCUCAACCAUUGCGCUUUAACUUAUGCUGAUAUUUCGUUUUUAAAUGGUCGCAUUCAUAUUGAGUGCAUUAUAAGCCCAAUAUAAGAAGACCGUAUAAAUAUAAUUUUCAAUUUAACAAGACCUUGUGCUUUAUGAGAGUGGCGCAAGUUCACAGUAACAUCAUUGAAAAGCUGUUUUUUGUAUGGUGACGUCACGGGGCGUUGACCUCUCGCUUUCGCUAGUAUUACAUUGCGCGCUGUAACUACACAAGUCGAACAUUGUUUUUUAUGUUUACAUGUCGGAAAUAAUUCCCUCUCACUCGGUCUGUGUGUAUUACAGUAUAAUAUUCAAUUAUAUUUAAAUUGAAAAGAAAGCGACAUUGAAAAGUGUCAUUAUUUAUUGAUUACAAUGAAUAUUUUAGUGUCUUGUAUAUUUGUAAUUUCUUUAACCAAUUUGAUGUACCUUAUUAAUACAAUUAUGAUGAAUAUUAUAGGAGACAAAUUUGUGUUAAAAACACUAGAUUUUUUUAACACAAAAUUGUUUCCGAAGAUUUGGGUUUUUUUUUGUUUCGUUAGGGUUAUUAUUUUAAUUCUAUUGAAUUCGACAGUAACGCGAGGCGACUGUCUUAAUGUUUUAAUUAAAAUACAUUGGCUGUAAAGAACUGCGUUUAUUAAUGUAUAUGUUUAGUAUUAUGGUGUAACCAUCAAAAAGUUAAUACUUAUAUCUUUCGUGAGUUAACAAUAUCAACAAGGCAAGCUGAUCGAUUUUUUUUUUGCUGCAUUAUAAACGUAAUACAGGUAACUGUCCUAUAACGCGGUAUUUUACAACACGGUUUCACUCUAACGGGGAAAGAAAAAUUCCCAAAAACCCUCUUAUAACACGGUACAAAUUAACAGCCCCCCUCCAAAUUGUUUAUGACGUUAAUUUUUUUUUUUUUUAAAUGUCAACUCUUUACAGCUUAUGUAUGAAACACACAAUUUAAAUUAAAUAAUGUAAAUAAUUGUUUUCGAUAUAAUUAUCAUAAAUAAAUGACUGAGGACAAACAAUGUUGAUUAUAAGGCAAAUGUGUAACAAAUUUUAAUUAAUAUUAGUAAUUAGUGAAUUUGUAUUGGUUUUGUCAUUGUUCUGGGAGUUUUGAAAAGGAAAAUGUUGCAAAGUCGAGGCAGGUACCUAAACAUAGGCAGGCACUGGGUAGCGGCUUAGCCGCGCUCCAAUCAUCACUGACGCAUGAUUGUCCCACAGUGGCAAUAAAAAAAUACAUUAAAAUACGAAAGGUUUUUCGUUAACAAAAUUAAGAAUUCGAAAUUUUAUUCAGUUCGUUAUUGAAUUUUUUAUAUAGAACUAUAUUUGCUGUCAAAAUUUUUCUCAGAAAGCUUUAAUAUCCAAGUACCAUUUUUAAUACAAAGUGCAAAGCCAGGUAGACAUUUCCGUGCGUGUACCGUGUUUCCGAGUGCGCGCCGCACACUGACGCGCAUACUUUCCCACGCUCUUUUUAUAAACGGCAGUGAAAGUAAUAUAUAGUCUGGGAACGCGAGCAUGGCUCUAAUCAAUAUCACAAGAUAAUAACCAUCUCAAAGAUAUAAAGAUAUAAGACUUUAAAGUAAAAUCAACAAAUUCUUGUCUAGGGAGGUUUAAUAACGUAACAUCAAAUAGUAACAUGUUUUAUUGAAUAAAAAUAUUGAACAGAUUUUCCCGAAACUAGAGGAGAAACUACUUAGGUGGAGAAUUUAUUUAGAAGCGCUCACUAGGAAUCUACGUACAAAAUGGUUUGCCCAGAAAUUCCCUUGUCUAUAUCCGAUAUACAUUAUCCAUUGAAAGCUUUUAGAACAAUCGACUUGAUUUAUAAUAAUUUUAGAAUAUAACCGUUAAUAUUAUUUUUGACAAUGGUUAAACGUUGACUGUAUCUUUAUGUAAUCUUGUUUCAUUGAAUAAAACGAACCUUAAAAAUG